AUGACAGGGAAAGUUGGCUCAAUUCUCGAAGGUGGACACCGGCGGCAGAGGCAAGAGUUUAGCUCGAUUCUCGGAGGCGGAGGUCGGUAUCGAUUCUCAAAGGCGGAAGCCGGGGGCGGAGGACGAAGGGCUAUAAUCGUCAAUUCAUACCCACCAUUUUCCCCUAAUUCAUUCUAUUCCCCAUCGACUUUCUUCAUCCUCUCGUCUCGCCCCUCAAAUUCAAUCCAAACUUUUUUUCUCGUAAUUCCGCCUGUGUCCCCUCUCAUGGCCGCCAUCUCCAGCCCCACCUCAAACCCUAGCUUCAUCUCCCCCAUGCUGCAGCCCUACCUCGAACAGCAGCAGCAGCAGCAGCACCACCACCACGUCCAGCCGGACCCGCCGCCGGACGACGGAUCCUCCCACGACGCCGUCUCCGAAGACUUCAGCCGCGAUCCUGCCCCUACUUCCGACAACGAUUCCGUUUCUUCCAACCCUAAUACAAACCCGAGCUCAAACCCUAGCCCGAUCAAGCUCCUCCACGUCUCCUUCAACCAGGAUUACGGCUGUUUCGCCACGGGGACCGACCGGGGCUUCCGAAUCUACAACUGCGACCCUUUUCGGGAGAUCUUCCGGCGCGAUUUCGACGGGAACGGCGGCGGUGUUGGCGCCGUCGAGAUGCUCUUCCGGUGCAACAUCCUUGCCCUGGUCGGCGGCGGGGAUGCGCCUCAGUACCCGCUGAACAAGGUCAUGAUUUGGGACGAUCACCAGAGCCGCUGCAUCGGGGAGCUUUCCUUCAGGUCGGAAGUGCGUGGGGUCCGGUUGCGAAGGGAUCGGAUUAUUGUUGUCCUCGAGCAGAAGAUUUUUGUCUACAAUUUCGCGGAUUUGAAGCUGCUGCAUCAGAUCGAGACGAUUAUGAACCCCAAGGGGCUCUGUGCGGUUUCUCAGGUUACGGGUUCGUUUGUGUUGGUCUGCCCAGGGCUGCAGAAGGGGCAGGUCAGGGUGGAGCAUUACGCUUCGAAGAGGACUAAAUUCAUCAUGGCUCAUGAUUCUAGGAUUGCGUGCUUUACGCUCUCUCAAGAUGGGAACUUUCUGGCUACGGCUAGCAGUAAGGGAACAUUGGUUCGGAUAUAUAAUACACAUGAUGGGAGUUUACUGCAGGAGGUACGGAGGGGUGCAGACAGGGCAGAAAUAUAUAGUCUGGCAUUUUCACCCACAGCUCAGUGGCUGGCAGUCUCAAGUGAUAAGGGCACGGUUCAUGUUUUUGGUCUUAAGGUUAACACUGGAAAUCCUGGAAGCGAAAGGUCGAAUAGCCCUGAACCAAAUCCUUCUGUUGGGACUUCAAGUUCUUCCUUGUCUUUCAUUAAAGGAGUGCUGCCCAAGUACUUCAGCUCAGAGUGGUCUGUCGCCCAGUUUCGUUUACCUGAAGGAUCACAGUAUAUUGUUGCUUUUGGCCACCAGAAGAAUACAGUGGUAAUUCUCGGCUUGGAUGGAAGUUUCUACAGAUGCAAAUUCGACCAUGCAACUGGUGGGGAGAUGAUUCAAUUGGAGUAUCACAAUUUUCUGAAUCCAGAAGAAGCUUUCUAG